AUGCAGGCGAAGAGCAGCGACAGUCAGAGUCUUGGGACAAAGGCAUCGCCUUCUCUCGGAGAGGCGCACGAUUGGCUCUCGUACAUGCCUCGAGCCAUUCCCGGUCACGUCUCGGCCGAUGGCCAGUCUUCUGAUCCUUACAGGGUUCAACAGCAACUUCCAAUCCUUCUUCGCAUUCCACCCUCCACCCACGCUCCCCUCUUUGCUCACCGACAAUGGAGGUCUGGACUUGUAAUGAGCGACAUCAUUCACUCGGGCAUCUUGCCUCUGCAUGGCAAUAGGAUUCUGGAGCUAGGAGCAGGGACAGGACUUCCUUCCAUACUCUGUGCUGCACAGCCCAACGUGCAAAGAGUGGUGGUGACGGAUUACGACGAGCCUACACUGUUGCAUCGAUUAAAGGAGAAUGUCAUGAGCAAUCCUGGGAUUGGUAACAAGAUCAGAGUCCGAGGACAUGCUUGGGGAGUCAACGUAGACGAUCUGAGAGACGAGAUGGGCAGAGCUUUGUCCCAUAGCGCAGCUGAAAACGACAAGGCAGACGUCAUCCUUCUCGCCGAUUGCCUGUGGGUCAAAUCGAUCCUACAAUCACUCCUCAAUGAGUCUGAAUCUCGUCUCAUGGCUGACACUUUAGCUUCGUUCUACUUUCUCAUCGUCAUCCAGGUGGGACAGAUUCUCACACGCGCCGCUUUUGCGCACGCUUACGAGCUUGUUGUCAAAAGACGGCAAUGCUCGGAUAUACAUCGUCUCUGGUCUGCACACUGGACGAGAAGUCUUGUGGUCCUUCAUGCAAGCUGCUCACCGGCUUGGGCUUGCAGUCGUUCCCAUGCCUGGUGCGGACGACUGGCCCAGUCUUUCGGAGUGGAAUGAAGCAAGCAUCGAGGGCCAGGGUACGGCGCAGCACGAUGCAGUAGCGCACGUGUUGGAAUUAGGACUUGCGUUUCUAGACGAAGAGGAGGAGAGUGGCCAUCCUCUUUCCGUCAAAGAUGCCUCGAGCGAAGCUGUUGAGGCCGAGCGACACCCAAGAACGAUCAAGGUGCACGAGCCGCGUCUGAACGGCAAUAGGCGCAAAUUUCGGACACGGGAGAGAGAUGAGGAGAAGAAAGAGGUCGGAGGCGUCAAGGAGCGCAACAAAUGGAUCUGUGCUUGGGCCAUGGGCUGGAGGUGA